CGCCUCCCUCACGACUGAAAGAAAGGCCCAACACACGCCUUCCUUUAGGAAUGUAGGACGGAAAGCGGCUUUUCGUGAAUUCUCUCGAAGAACGAAUUCCACAACCUCCACCUCCGACGUCCGGUACGCGCACUGAGACGUGACCUGAAAAAAAUGUCUGGAUUUCUAGAGGGCUUGAGAUGCUCAGAAUGCAUUGACUGGGGGGAAAAGCGCAAUACUAUUGCUUCCAUUGCUGCUGGUGUACUCUUUUUUACAGGCUGGUGGAUUAUCAUAGAUGCAGCUGUUAUUUAUUCCCCCAUGGAAGAUUUCAACCACUCAUACCAUGCCUGUGGUGUUAUAGCAACCAUAGCCUUCCUAAUGAUUAAUGCAGUAUCAAAUGGACAAGUCCGAGGUGAUAGUUACAGUGAAGGUUGUCUGGGUCAAACAGGUGCUCGUAUUUGGCUGUUCAUUGGUUUCAUGUUGGCCUUUGGCUCUCUGAUUGCAUCUAUGUGGAUUCUUUUUGGAGGUUAUGUUGCUAAAGAAAAAGUUGUAGUAUACCCUGGAAUUGCUGUAUUUUUCCAGAAUGCCUUCAUCUUUUUUGGAGGACUGGUUUUUAAGUUUGGCCGCACUGAAGACUUAUGGCAGUGAAAACAUCUGAUUUCCUGCAGCACCACAGCCCUGCGUGGGUUUGUUUUGUUUUGUUUUUUACUGCUCACUCCCAGUCUUUUGUAAUGCCAUUUUCUAAGCUUAUUUCUGAGUGUCGUCUCAGCUUAAAGUUGUGUAAUACUAAAAUCACGAGAACAUCCUAUUUAAACAACCAAAAAUCUAUUGUGGUAUGCACUUGAUUAACUUAUAAAAUGUUAAAGGAAACUUUCACAUGAAUAAUUUUUGUCAAAUGUUAUCAUGGUAUAAUUUGUAAAAAUAAAUUACAAAAGAAAUUCUGGAUUUGUCAAUGUAAGCAUUUGUUAUACCUGAGGUCCAAAACCACAGUGAAAGUGCUCUGAAGAUUUAAUGUGUUUUUAUUCACAUGUGGGCUCUUCUGUGUCAAAUGCUAAAUGAAAUAGAAGCUUUUGUUUGUUUUUAAAAUAUUUCAUGGUCAAAAUUCUUCCUCACUAUAAUUGGUAUUUACUUUUACAAAAAAUUCUGUGAACAUGUAGUGUAAGUGGCACAUGCCAGGGGUGACUGGAUGUGUUGGAAGAGAGACGCACUAUGGUCCAGGCUCCCCACGUCCCUUCCGUGGGGAGCUCUUAUUCCAAGGGCAAGAGGAUGUGACUCAGCCAUGACACGUGGUUCUGGUCGGUUGUAGUCACUCCACACCCACUGUUGAAGGAAGGAGGAAAAGGACAGGGAUUUGACAGUCCAGUCUUAUACAGGGGCCCAUUUCUUUGUAGUUGUUCUGAUAAUAAACUGGGUUCCACGUUUCAUUUCAUCUGCAUACUGAACCACUAGCCUAAUAGACCACCAGCAAGGUCAACUAGAAUGACAAGCAUUAGCAACCAGGGGCUCUCGUAGUCUCCCGAGGCCUCUCCAGAACUCUGUGGGCCCCACAGGCUUCCCAUAUCUGCAACGUGGGAUACAUUCUUCAGUGUAUCCAGAGGUUGACAUGUCUUUCAAAAAAUGUGCUACAAUUAAUCCUUGGAAAUAUUUGCUGGGUGAUUUAAAUGUGUGGGUCUCUCUUCCAUGUUAGCCCUCGUUAUCUGACUGUAUGUUGUGAAUAUUCCUUGGUGAUCAAGAUUCUUCUCGAAGAAAUGACUUGCUGUUGUCCCACAUAACUCCUGAUGUUUUUUCUUUUCUUUUUUUUUGGAGACGGAGUCUCACUCUCUCGCUCAGACUGGAGUGCCGUGGCCUGGCCUGAUCUCAGCUCACUACAACCUCUGCCUCCCAGGUUCAAGCAGUUCUCCUGCCUCAGCCUCCCACGUACCUGGUACUACAGGCACACGCUGCCACACCCAGCUAAUUUUUUGUAUUUUAGUAGAGACAGGGUUUCACCAUAUUGCAAAGGCUGGUCUCGAACUCCUGAGCUCAGACAUUCCGCCCACCUCAGCCUCCCAAAGUGCUGGAACUAUAGGCGUGAGCCACCGCGCCUGGCCUCCUGAUGUUUUUUCUACAAAGAUCAAUAAAAUGUGAAAAUUGGAGAAGAUCCUAGAGGUUGAACUCCACCUUCUCUUUUCACACAGGAGGGGAACCCAGACCAUGGAAAUUUAAAUGACUUCCUCAAGGUCACAGAACUAGUUUUUUAAUCCUGAGGCAGUGCAUUCCCCCCACCCUACAACUGAGCACAACCUCUCCCUACAGUGCAAUUCAGAAUAUGCUCAGGGAACGCCAGCUACCGUGUAAAACUGCUGGGAUAAAAGCACGAUUCCCACAAGGACUAAGUAUCAGUGAAUUCUUAUUUUUCCUGUUUGUAUUAUCUGCUUUGCUAAUGUAGACAAGAGUUAACUAGGUAGCACACUUUAUUAAGCAUGAGAAAGAAUCUUAAGAAGUGUCAAUACAAUUUACCCAAAACUUUAAUAAUGUGUCUGUAACCAAGAAAAUAUCAAUAGCAUCAUCUUAAUGAAACUACAGAUUUAUUUUAAAUUGUUAUUAAAUUGACUCUUAAACAA